CGCGCGUCGAGCGCGUCCAUUUUAGUUUUGGGAACCAAACUCGAACUCUAACGCGGUUCUUUUGUCUCCCGCAUGCCUGAUUCGGUGUAGUCCAGGUCAGAAACGCUCCUUACAGGGGUUCCAAAUCUUCGAAACUGCUAAACAUGGUAAAAGAGAUGAUAGGUGGUUGUUGCGUUUGUUCGGACGAAAGAGGAUGGGAUGAGAACCCACUGGUGUACUGUGACGGCCAUGGCUGCAAUGUUGCCGUUCAUCAGGGUAAAUACAACUUACCUUUAGAGGAUUCAUUGCAAGAUUUGAAUCUUUUUUGAUGAUUUAUGGCUGUGCAUUUAUUAAUCAUCAGCAUGUUAUGGCAUCGUGCAAGUUCCUAAAGGACCGUGGUUUUGUCGGAAAUGCGAAUCGCAGGAAAGAAUCGCUCGAGUGGUAAGCUGCUUAUAUUAGUCUAUGAACACUUGACAGCUCCUAAAACAGAUGUGGAGCUUUCAGCUGGUAUAGAAUAGGUUUCCUCUCAUUUCCUAACCAAAUUUUUGUCUGAUUUAGCGCGUAAAUUUCUCUCAAUAAAACUGUCACGAAGUUCGUGUUUACAAGAUAGCGUGACUUGACACGCAGGUUGUAGAUUUCAUGCUGAUCGUUCAGUUUGCACUUGCAGGUUAGCUAUCAGGAUACGGUCGAAGUACUAUUUCAUUUUUGCAGGGCCUAACUUUUAGACAUUGCAGAUUUUAGAGGCGUAACCACUUGGUUUUGAGGAAAAAAAUCUUUCAUAAGUUUUGUAUUUUUUCUGUAAUGUACAGAGCACUUGCUAAAUGCUAAGAAAGAAAUAGGUUUCUCGUCACCUAACAUUGUUUUUUUCUAUCGUCAAACACUUCUGUAGCUCAUUUAAAUUUGAUUUUUGAAGUCCAAUUCAUCAUUUUUUUCCAUUUAGAUUGAUUGGGGUUUUUUGCUUAUUGAUAAUUUGCACUUAAGAAUUAAACUGAAAUUUCAAAAGCAUCAGAAGAUACUGGAAAUUGACAAACUGUACAUGUGUACGUGAAUCUUUUUCUAGGGAAUUUUGAAAACUCACAAUCUUUAACAUGAAUCCAAGUCACAACUAACCAAUAGGAUUUCAGUUCUAGAGAGCAAGAGAACCAAUUGCUAGCAAAACAGCCCUUUCCUCUGUGUCCUGAAAAUCAAUUUUCAGGCCUCAUUGAGGGCUACCAGGAAAAACAUGUAAGUUCUGAGCGUCCAAAUGUUGUAAAGGAUGGCUGAAGGCAGUUUUUGGUCUUUAGGGCAAAGAAAACAGAGAGCAAUACUUCUAGACAUGUUUACAUAAGCUAGUUACGAAGAUUCAUUUUUGGUUUGAGUGGGGAAGAACCAGCUAUUUCUGUUUGCCCAGACCCUACAUAUUGAGAGAGUCCUAGGUUAAUAGUAAAAUGUCUUGAUUUCAAACUUAUACACACUAUCUCGCCACCAUUUUCCACAGUCAUUUAUACUGUUACCUUUGAUCAAAUUUGUCUAAUUGCAGAAAUGUGAAUUGUGUCCAUAUAAAGAAGGUGCUCUUAAAAGAACAGAUACUGGAGGUAAAUUUGUAGUCCACUUAGUAACUUUUAACCCUUUACACUCUAAUAUCACUAUGCAUAUUCUCUAUACUGUUCAUCACACAUUUCUUAAGGUGCUGAGGAGGAGAAUUUGUUUCACAAUCAAGAACUUCUUUAGUUUGUGAUCAUUUCUUUUAUUCUUGUGACCUUUAUGUUUAAUUCAAGGGAGAUAUCGCAAGGAGAAAAUAGAUGUUGGUCACUCUUAGAGGUGAAAGGGUUAAAAUAAAAACGAUAUAAAAUAGGUCAUUUGUUCUAAAAGAUGUGUUUGUCAUCCAUUGGAUUUCUAGAUUUAAGAGCAUUCAAUUGUUUGUCUCACAAGUAAGAGUUAUUGUCAAUGAUAUUAUGUAAUUUAACAUUUUGACACCUGUGCUUUGAGUCUUCAUCACGUGAAGAGAUCAUACUGUUACACAUUACUACAUAUAGCAUCUGAUCAUGUGGUGUGAAGAUCAAGGUGAGAGAAGUCCUGGGAAAGUCAUCUCACUUUAAUUUGCUUUUCCUUUCUCCCUUUUUUCACUCGUGCUCUUUCCUACUUUUAGCUCAUAGUAGUGAGUGACAUUUGAAGAGCCAAAGCCAAAGUUGGAAUUUCAGUCAUUACACACAACAUUGGUCUUUUUUAGAACUGUUUCAUUCUCUCACCUACAGUUCCACUCAUGUAUAUGUUAACUGCACAGAAGCUUUUCAUGCGCUCAGAAGCAGGAUAGUCAGACACACAAAUAUGCUUUUUUAAGUGCUCAGUCGCAAAAAUCAUCAAUGUGGAUGAAUUGAAUUUUUUAAAUCCAAGUUUUAUUUUGUAGGCUGGGCUCAUGUUGUCUGCGCUCUCUACAUUCCUGAAGUGAGAUUUGGAAAUGUUUCCACCAUGGAACCAAUCAUUUUGGCAUCUGUUCCUCAUGAUCGCUUCUGCAAGGUAAUGGAUUUGUUGCCCUUUUUGCUCAUUGUAGUGUUGCUUCACAUUCUCCACCAGCAGUUUUAAUAAGCUGUUAGGCAGACGAGUCUUGAAAAUUGAACUGAUUGUCAGCUGGGAGAUAUACAUGUACAAUGUGGUUUUGAUCUAUGUGUAAGAAUAGCAGUCAGAGAGAUUGUAAAUUCACUUCUAAGGAAAGGAAAGGCUUUGGCUCAACCUGCCUUUUGUUAAAAAAAAAACCACAUUUACCAACUCAGGGCACUUUCUCUCAUACUUGUGUUUCCUAUAAAUUUUGGUCAGCAGGGAACUCAUCACCCAUUUCUAACCAUUCUAUAGCAAAACUAAAAGGAAAGUGAACCUCUGAUAAUUAAAAAUGUUCAUCAUGUAAAACAUUGUAUCUGCCCUUUUCAUUCUUUGGCAUGCAUGUGCACAAGUUUGGCAGUAAAGAAAAAAAAAACAUAGCUUGGCCUUCUUUGACAAUGCUUCAGAUACCUGUUAAAUUUGACUCAGUGUUAUCAUAGAUGCUGAUACCAGUAUUGUGUAUUUACGAAUAACUACUGUAAUCUGCAUUUCUCAUCAGACAUGUUACAUUUGUGAAGAGAGAGGAAGAGAAAGUAAGACAGCUCAUGGAGCUUGUAUGAGCUGUAACAGGACAGGAUGCAGACACGCUUUUCAUGUCACUUGGUAAACCAUUUAGUUUCACACAAUUUAUGGUAGAGUUUUGAGGGCAAUUUCUUAUUUGCGGUGGUUUUGCUGCUCUUUGUCUAAUGAUUAGUUUAGAAACCUUGCACCACCCUCUGAACCCUUUUAUACCCAGAGGUGAUUGAUAUGUAACUUCUCCUCAUAAUAUCCAGGGCUCGAACUUAACUUUUUUGUCUACUAGCAAAGUUUUGCUAGUAAGAUUUUUUUUACUAGCAAAAGAAGGAACCUAACUAGCAAAUUUUCAAUGCUGCCAUUUUCAGCGUUAAUUUUUUAAUUGAAAUUCUACUGGAAAAAUACUGGUACUCGCAAAUGUUUGCUAGAGGAUAUUUUUUAGACUCGCAACUUCGAAAAACCACUCGCAUUUCGUGAGUUUGCGAGUGCUAAUUUCGAGCCCUGAUAUCCAUAUAUCAUUCAGGAAACAGGUCAUGAGAAUACUCAAACUUAUCAAGUAGAAGUUGUUAUCUUGAUUUAACACCAAAUUCUAGUAAUUAAGGUACUAGAGGAGGAAGAUGUAGCAGCCAGAGGGGAGAAUUAACAAUCAGAUCUCAGGGGUUAAAGGGUUAAUGGAAUCAAGAGCUAACCUGACUCUUUUGAUUUUAAUUGAAUAAUUUCAUGUUUUUGGUUGUAUUUCAGUGCACAGAGUUCUGGAUUGCUGUGCGAGGAAAAUGAUGGCCAGUCAGGCCCUACAGUCAAGUAUGUUGGUUACUGCCAGUUCCACUGGAACAAAAGGGUAAUGCAGGAGUUUUGUUUGAUCAAGUUUGUUUGUUUGUUUUCGAGCAGAAGGGGGGUGGGUGGGUGGAUCAGACAUUGGAGGUUGGGGAAGCUAAUAACUGCAUUAAAGUGAAGUGGGUAGCCAUGAAAACCUUGUGAACCUUGCCACAUUUGUCUCACUGCUUACCAGUGGAAGAAUACACAACUAACCCAAUAUUUGUCAUAGGGCAGGGAGGAGGAGGGAAUAGCAACCCAAAAUACAUUGGUUCUGGUAAGCUGUCGAGAAAGCCUGACAAAUCCUGGGGAAUCAGACUAGUUUAAUUUGUGUAUUUCUUUAAGAAGGAUUAGGGUAUUUUUUACAAGAAAGAGAAGUUUGUAAAAACAAGAAAAGUACAAAUCAACAUCGACCUGACGUUGGUUUUCAACUACAGUAGAUAAUGUAACAUUUAUUUUUACUCACAUGUAGUGUCUCAUUUUUUAACAGGCUAAAGGUGUUCUGUUCAACAGUAAACCUGCAGAAAAAACGAUCAAGAUUCAAGAAAAGGACAAAGAUAUCAAGGAAAAAGAUACAAAGAGCAAAGACAAUAAGGACAGAGAGAGCAUGGAAAAACCAAAGAUUGACAAAGAAAAAGAAAAAGAAAAAGAAAAGAAAACUCCAAAACCAAGGUUGUCCACUGGUCCCACUGCUACAUCUACUGAACAAUCACCAAAGCCUGACAGCAAUGCCACCAGGGGGGUGGCAAUGCCGUCAAGUCAGCCUUCCACUCCUAAACAAAGAGGAAGAAAACCGUCUACUGUUAAGACACCUACAGAGUCACCCAGUAAUUCUAAGACAACCAUAGAGACACAGAAACCACUAAACAGUAUAACUGCCAAUAGUCCUAUCCAGUUGCCAGUGCCUGGAGUUGUACCACUGCCGACUCUGCCUGUUCAGAGUGGUACCUCCAGCAUUGCAGUGGCUGCCACUAAGGACCCUAUCCUAAGACCGGUGGGAGUUCUUGGCCCAGAGAUGCUGCCCAAAUCUGUAUCUUCUCAGUUGCAGGACAUUCCACAACCUUCUACCAGUGUACUAGUACCUGAGAUAGCAAAACAAAUGGACACAGAUAUACCAAAAGAAGCAAUUGUGCCUAAACAAACAAUCAAACAGACUGUGGUGGGUAAUACUCCGGCUAAGAAACGGGCUGCACCCAAGAGUGGAGAUGAACCCAAGAGAAAAGUUGGUAGGCCUCCCUUAAAGAAAAAACCGAACACGUCCUCAGUAAGUCGCAAAAAUGGAACGCCAGUUUCUUCCUCGAAUACAGUGACAUCGCCUUUAAAUACAGCAUUUCCAUCAACGUUUCCUCAGGACAACCUCGGGGCGUCAGCAUCUGCUCCAUCGUUGCCAACCUUUUCUAAUCAGAAUGUGCUUCCGAGCAACACCCAGGGAGCAAGUGUACGUCAGAAUGGUCCAAGGAUUCCAAGUCCGAACACAUACACGAUCCCACAACCACGAAACAGAGGACUUCUGGAGAACGGCCAUGUACAACGGCCACCAAACAAUAAUGUGAAUCAAGGACCUUUGUAAGUGGCCACUUCAAUUUCUGUUUUUCGUAGCAGGUCUUAGUUUCAUUAUUUAGUCAUGUGGGGGGUUGGAAAAUUUUUCUAUUAGAGGUCAAUUUUCGAUAGACCCCCCCCCCCUCAAACUGACUGAGACCCCUCCUCCGUUCCCUUGUGCCCCUUCCCCCUUAAAAAAAUAUAUUUUUCUAACACACAACCCACAACCCACAACCCACAACCCACAACCCACAACCCACAACCCACAACCCACAACCCACAACCCACAACCCACAACCCACAACCCACAACCCACAACCCACAACCCACAACCCACAACCCACAACCCACAACCCACAACCCACAACCCACAACCCACAACCCCACCCCACCCCACCCCCCGGACGUUGAUUGAUAAGUGGUGCUGUAGCACUAGGGUAUGGGUGUCUUUCAACGGGUGUCCAUUUUUUUAACACAGACAACUCCCAACAAGCUUAGAAGAACUUCUGGAAUAUCAGUGGGAACAGGGAGCCCAGUUUCUCAUGCAGCAAGCGUCACAGUAUGAUGGUAAGUGUAUGAAGCGAUAUCUAACGGAGAACGCAACGAGUGAGACAUGCGCCUCUCGCGCGUGUGUCGUCUUUCGCGUUCGCCUCGUGCGUCCCUCCUCUUGCUUAAAGGAUGCAGACAAAUGAAGUUUGUCCCACAGGCUGAAGGAAUUAUUACCACAAAAUGAAACACUCAACCUCUAACCCUAAGGGUGACUGGCUUCUAAUUUCUCUUUGCAUUAUUACCUUUGAAUCGAAUGAUCACCGAUUUUAGAAGCUCCUGAUAGUCAAUCAAUUUUUUUUUGCUAGUAUCGUUGUUAAGACAACAGAGUGGGUAAUAUGAAGACCAAUGGUAAGGCGUAGAAGAGUUCAUUCUCAGAGAUAGACAACAUAAGAAGUAUGAUCAUGUUGGAUAAAUUAUGCCUUAGAUCUUGGUAUAGAGUCGAGCCUUGAUCAGUUUCCGCAUGGUUUUUAUUCCUGUUUGUUUCUUUGUUUGCUUUCAACGGCUAUGACAACAAUCGUCCAUGGAAUACCCUUCGACAGGAACUUUUGAAUCGAGAGAUUCAAACAGUAGUUUUCUCUUUUAAACACUCCACUAUUUUUUUUUCUUCUCUCUGCUUCAUAGUUGCGUCUCUGAUGUCCAGCCUGCAUCAGCUUAAAGCCGACAAUUCACGUCUCGAAGAACGUCUGUCGACCCUGACAAGCCGGAAAAACCAGUUAUUACAAGUUAAUGCCCGGCUGGCCACUCCCAUGUCUUGUACAAACACAAGCUCUUCGGUCACGCCAUCUAACGCGAAGCAACCUGCUGUGAGUGGUUCUGGCGUGACAACUGUAACGCAAGGUGCCUUGUCCACUGAUACCAAAACCACGCCGAGCAAUUAUGGUCCGCGAGGGUCCGUAAGUGCUGGCUCAGAUGGGGCACCCAAAAUGGAUGUCUCUCCUGGCACUAAGGAUGGUAAGGUCCCUCUGAGUUCUAGUGUUAAACCAGUGAAUGGCAGCGUUGGAGAGAAGGAAAUACCCAAAAUAUCAAAUGGGGAUUUGAAAGGUGGAAAGAACAAAGAACAGCAAAAGAAAGGUCCAGAGACAAAUUUGAACACUGCGCUAAGUACGUCUUCGUCCUCGCCGUCCUUUCAGAAGCAGCCGGUGAAGGCAAGCAGUUUGCUUGUCCCGACGGCGGUAAAAACAGCACUGCCUCCUCAAACACUUUUAGCUCAGCAGGAAAAAGAAAAGCAGCAGAAACAAGCGCAGGUGAAUUUGAUGUCACAGGUUAUUGCACCUGUUCAUCCUACCUCAAAAACAACACAACAGGUACAACAACAACAGCAACAGCAGUUGCAGUCGCGUUUUCAACCUCAGCAAAAAAUUAUUCUUCCUCAGCCAUUAUCUACGAGUCAGGCGUUUGCAGCGCCAUCGUUUCCUCAGACACAGCAGACAGCCAACCAAAAAGUGCUCUUGCAACUGAUCCAACAGGGAGAUGAUAUGCAUCGCUUGUCGAGCCAGAAUGCCGCCUUCAGCCACGAUAAAACACAGCUGGUAUCACAGCAGGUUCAGGCCCAGAAGCUGUUACCAGGCACAGUACCUGCUCAGCAGUUCGCGACUCAGUCGCUCUCGCUUCCCGGCUACCCAGGGUUUUUGACAUUCAGUGAUCCAAGGACCGGGGCUCGUGUGGAUAUGAUGAAGACCACGCAUUUGGCCCCUCUUCCGAUGGUCUCGUUGGACAACAAUCAGACAGGCCCUAAGGAGCGUUCUCAGGUACGUAGGUGACUAAUCUUUCUCGUUCGACUGACUUCUGGUGAAAUUGAGCACUAAAUGUUACAACCUUGAUACUAAACCCUUUUUCAUCUGUUUUGUGAGGGGCCCCCCCUCCCUAAAAUGUGGUAAGAACACCAGUGACACACUCGCUUGUAGCUCGCUAGUCCUAUUUGUUACUCGCCACGUUUUGAAGUUUUUUGCGAUCUAUCACUUAACAAGUGCAAUGCCCGAGUACAAGAUUGAAUCCAAUCUCUACCUUUUCAUAUGUCGCCUGCUUUUAAGCCCGUACCAUACUUAUACGACAGCCAUAAGUCUUGAUCGUUGGUACUGCUUCCGGUUCACUUUCAGUAUUUCGACAUGGACAAAGGUUCCAACGCUGACAAGACUUCCAGAAACGGAUAACGUCAUGAUUACCUGAUCUCCCUGGUAGGUUAGCAGGCGCAUCAACACCUGACUGAAGAGAAGACCGUCUUUCUCAAGGACAGCGGAAAUCGAAUUUAGAUCGUUAAGUUAAAUUGUGUAUCUACAUGCGUGGAAAGUGAGUCACUCAAGUGGGCCGCGCUUCCACAUCUCCUGCCUAUAUCAAGGCUUGACACGCUGUUCAAGGCUGCUUUGGCGUAUCAAGAACUUCAGUAAUGUUCGAAAAUAUCAGACAGAAAUGGAAACGAAUUUUUAUGGAGCCAAAACUGGGAGGACAGCGAGUGGUUACUGGGCCAGCCACCCGUUACUAGCAAUUGUGGGUGAUCAAAUGAAGAGACCGACUACCCAUUAAGGCUUUGUUCUAUAGUCAAUCCUCUAAGUUUCUCCUGGAGUCAAGGCAUCUGGUCUAAAAAUAAUUUCACGUACUCCUUUUCCCUUUCCCGAUUUUAGCCUUAUUGUUCCAUUAGACGCCGCAGGGCGUUCAUGAAAGCAAUAUCCUCAGUACGGUCCGCCUCUAGGUGUCUCAACGAGAUCGUGCAUCAGAGAGAGAACCUUUUUAAAAUAAUUAUACCUCCAUUGUAGCGAAUGCAGUGGCACGUUUUGCAAAUCGUUUGUAUAAAGUUUUUACGUAGCUUUUAGACUUUGAACUGCAUAUGGCUUGCAGCCUUACUCUCGAUUUGUUUUAUUUUCAUUAUUAUUUAUAUUAAUAUGUGAGAGUGCUCUUUUAGUUAGCUGCUAGCGCAUACUUUCCCUUCCUUUCUCUCAAGGGUGGGUCAUUGUUAGCAACUAAAAUUGUCCAGAGAUGGAGAUAAAGACGAAACGCAGUGUAAUCUUAGAAGCAGUGCUCGUUUAAAGUUGUUUAAAGAGAUGCGCGUUUUUU